UCUGUUUCUCUCUCUGUCCUUCUCAGUAAACUGGAUGCCUUCAUCUACGAUGCUGCUGUGUUGAACUAUGCAGCGGGUCGAGAUGAGGGCUGUAAGCUGGUCACCAUCGGCAGCGGAUACAUCUUCGCCACCACUGGCUACGGCAUCGCUCUGCAUAAAGGGUCCUACUGGAAACGCCAGGUGGAUCUGGCUAUACUGGCUAUUAUAGGAGACGGUGAGAUGGAGGAGCUGGAAGCUCAGUGGUUAACGGGGAUCUGUCACCAUGAGAAGAACGAGGUGAUGUCCAGUCAGCUGGACGUUGACAACAUGGCCGGAGUGUUUUACAUGCUGGCUACCGCAAUGGGACUGUCUCUCAUUACCUUCAUAUCAGAGCAUCUCUUCUACUGGAGGUUGAGAUACUGUUUCACUGAGUCU